UCCAAAAAAAAAAAGAAAAAAAAGUGACAUUUUGGAGAAGUUGUGGCUCUUGUUUGUGCGCUCUGGAGCAGGCUGCUGGUUCACACAGACACCGAUCUGUCGGACGUUUCCCAGCCGGGCUGAGAGGAACACUUUUUCGGUCUUGAGCGCUUCGGAUGGUCGAAGGAGAAAGUUUUCUUGGAGAGCUGACGUUCUUCGAGAACAGCAGAUCAGCAGAGCACUUUUCCCAGUACUGGUUGUGUGGCGACGACGCGGCGAACCAUGGACAACAGGCCUGUCCGGAGAAGACGACCCGGCGUCGUUCGACAUCUGCUGUUGGCUGCCGUCUUCCUCUCCUGCAGCUCCCAACUGAUGCUGGUUGAUGCCAACUCAUGGUGGUCACUGGGUCUGACCCCAAUCCAGCGGCCAGAGAUGUACAUUAUUGGAGCUCAGCCUCUCUGCAGUCAGCUGUCUGGUCUCUCCCAGGGUCAGAGGAAGCUGUGCCAGCUGUAUCAGGACCACAUGACCUACAUCGGAGAUGGAGCCAACACGGGCAUCAAGGAGUGCCAGUACCAGUUCAGACAGCGGAGGUGGAACUGCAGCACAGUGGACAACGUGUCUGUGUUUGGACGGGUCAUGCAGAUCGGCUCCAGGGAAACAGCCUUCACCUACGCCAUCAGUGCAGCCGGUGUGGUCAACGCCAUCAGCCGGGCGUGCCGCGAAGGCGAACUCUCCACCUGCGGCUGCAGCCGAUCCGCUCGACCCCGAGACCUGCCGCGUGAUUGGUUGUGGGGCGGCUGCGGCGACAAUGUGCACUACGGCUACAGGUUCGCACGGGAGUUCGUAGACGCCAGGGAGAGGGAGAAGAAUUACCCCCGCGGUUCACCCGAACACGCCCGGACGCUGAUGAACCUGCACAAUAAUGAAGCAGGGAGACAGGCCGUCUACAACCUCGCUAACGUGGCCUGCAAGUGUCACGGAGUCUCGGGAUCCUGCAGUCUAAAGACCUGUUGGCUCCAGCUGGCCGACUUCCGACGUGUCGGAGAAUCCCUGAAAGAGAAAUACGACAGCGCUGCAGCCAUGAGGAUCGGACGCAAGGGAAAACUGGAGCUCGUCGACAAGCGCUUCAACACCCCGACCCCCGAGGACAUGGUCUACAUCGACCCCAGCCCAGACUACUGCCUCCGCAACGAGACCACCGGCUCGCUGGGCACGCAGGGUCGCCUCUGCAACAAGACCUCGGAGGGCAUGGACGGCUGUGCGCUGAUGUGCUGCGGCCGAGGAUACGACCAGUUCAAGACCUACAAGCACGAGCGCUGCCACUGCAAGUUCCACUGGUGCUGCUACGUCAAGUGCAAACGCUGCACGUCGCUCGUGGACCAGUUCGUGUGCAAAUAGCAUCGCCUACAGAUGCUGGGAAAGACGGAAGAGGGAUGAAAGCAGCGGAGAGGGUAGGUGGUGAUGACAGAGGGUGGAGGAGAUGACGGGAAGGUGGCCUUUUUUUUUUUUUCCAGGGUUUUGUUCAGGAUGAGACACGUAAAUUCCAUUUUCUGACCAUAUUCCUUAUCGCCUGGUCUUUCACAUCAAGAAAAGAAGCUACGAAAACACCUCUGGGGCCACUUUUUGAGCGCAAACGACAACUCUGAUUUCUAUUUCCCCACCCUCCAUCGUCACUGCUUUCCCGUAUAACAUCCUGAUCCCAAUCCUGAAGGAAGGAAGAAAGAAACGAAACUGAUGAACUAAUAGAAGGACACGUGGGGACGAACGGACCUGCAGGAGGAACAACUGGAUCCUAGAAAGGGAGGACACAUGAGACUAGUGUGAGACGAAGAAGGGAGCAACGAAAUAAAUAUAUAAUUAAAUAUUAAAUAAGCAUACAACUCUUGAUUGUUAUUUAAAAGAGACUCGAGCAAGUUUGGACCCGUUAAAAAAACUCUGUAUUUGGAGAAUCCCAGAAAUCAUUACAGUCCUUUUGGAGUUUGGAGCUGUUUGAGUCAUCGUGUCUGUUUUUAAUGAACUUUUGACCUUUGAGAUGAGAUUCUGGCCACGUGAGCGGCACUAAAACUGCCAAAUACGCUGCCAAUACCAUCCCAGAAAAGAGAGAAAAUAAAGAAGUGGCUUUAAAUCAGAAAGGUUGAUGAAUUGAGGUAAUUAUGAAAAAGAAAAUUUAAUUGGAAAAUGAAAAUAAGGCGGGGUUUUUUUUGUUUGUUUUAUUUUGUUUUGUUUUAUUUUUUUCUACACCCAGCUGUAAAAUUCUGUUUUAAAAAUACAAUAACCUGCAGAAAAACCCGUAACCUUCAGGUCACAAAGGACACAGCGAACCCUCCAUUUAUCUCGGUGUCACCGCUGCUCUCUCUUGUAUUGCCGGAGCAGAUUUCCAGUGACCUGACAAGUGUGUCUGUGCAGGUUAAUGAGGCUUUUUGCUGGUUGCGGCCAUCUUGACACCGCGGCUGUUUAAACAAGCAGCUCACACACACCGGCGGCGUUUCGGCUCCGUAACCUUCAUGUGACAGCGACGUGAACGAAACCUCCAUUAGCGAGAUUAAUGUGCUGUAUCUGCCGUAAUGAAGCCGCAACGAGAGACGCGCGUGUGGACAUCUUCAUCUCACCGUGUUACGCAACUUGUUAACAGGCCCGCGGUGUCGAUUUGGCGCUUUUACCACCAAGUUUAGUGUUUGUUUUUUUAUAAUUCUGUUGUACCAUGAUUUUGUAUUGGUUGACUAAUCCAAACUAAUAACAAACAGGAAAACCGAAGAGGACUGAACAUGUGGAAUAAAAAAAUCAGAAAGGACUGCAAUUUAUUACGCGCUACUUAAAAGAAAAAAAAAAAAAAAAAAAAAAAAACAGUAGAUCGAAAAAGAAAUUAUAUUUUAUUAUUGUUUUUCAUUCUCUGUUUUCUAUGUUUUAUACAUGAGUAUUACUGUGUAUUCUUUUGAUAAACUAGUCUUUGAAAAUCUGUUUUUGAGCUCUUUUUUUUUUUUUUUUUAUCCAAGCCAAGACUUUUCACUGUGUUCCAAUGUGACAACUACAGACACGUCUUUGUCGCCAAGUGGCUGUUUUGGAAAAUGAUGCUGCGAUGGCUAAAUGGGGAAAUGAAUUAAGUAAUACAGUAAGAGCCAGAAGGACACUGCUGCCAUUGAUAGACGAGGGCCAAGUAUGAGAAAAACAACAGUUUCUGAGAACUGUAAAGACGAAAAAUGGCUGAACUUCACUUAUGCUGGAGGAAAUGUUCCCAACCACCUCCCUUGUACCCAGAUUUUUCAUACAAGAUCAAUUCCAUGACAAAGUUAAAUUGCUGAGACGGACAUGGACAAUCAUACAUGCCCUUUACGUGGUAUUAACAAUUUCUCAUUGCAGGAUUGAGGUUUUCAGCCUCAGAUGAUACUUAUUAGACAAAACUUUACAUUGAAUCUGGAAUCAAUCUUCACAUUUACCCUUAAAUUCCUCUCAAAUGACACCAAAUAAACAGUUCUAGUCCGUGUUUAUCAGUAACCUAAAGACAUGAGCAGAUAACGAGAAUGUUUUCAUGUCUCCUUGUGUUUAUAUGAAUGUAUUGUUUCCUCACAUAAAGUAGUAAAAUAAUAUGUAUGUCUGUGAACUUGUGCGCCGUGUUUUUGGCACUUCAGGGUGUGAUUUUUUUAAUAGUGGAUUUGGUGAUUAAUAGUGUUUGCUCAUUCCUGCUUUUUGCUUAUUAUUCCCUCUGAUUUCUGCUUUAUUUUCUCACACCUCCUCCAGACUUUUGAACCCAUCAGAUGGCCGAGCAGCUUUGCCCACAGACUCCGUGUUUGUGUCUCAACGUAGGGCUGCACAUAACACGGCUGGAGACGUGCAAUGUGUGCAACAGUGGCAUCGCAUGAGUGCAAUGUAAAGUAAAAGGAAAUGAACCCAAA